UUCAACUUUACCAGAAACAUCUACAAAUUCAUCCUCAGCAUCUGAUUCUCCAGAAAUCAUAUCAACACAGAGAGUUACAAGUUUAACAUCAUCUUUUUUGGAAACAACUACAGACCAGUCAGUAACAUCUAAGGCUACAGAGAUUUUAACCUUUAUAGCAUCACUUUCAACGUCACCAGAAACAUAUACGCCAUUAACAUCUGAUUCUCCAGAAAGCAUAGCAACACAGAGAGUUACAGGUUCACUAUCUUUUUCCUCAGAAACAUCUACAGACCAGUCAUUAACAUCUAAAGCUGCAGAAAGGUCACCCACAAUAUUACUUACUGCAUCACCAUCUGCAUUUAUAGAUUCUCUUACAGUUCACCCAACAACAUCUGAAUCUUCAAAACCAUCAAGACAAACAGCCUUGACAACUACAUCCCUAGAAUCACCUAUAGAUCAGUCAUUUGCAUCAAAAGCUGCAGAAAUUCCAGUAACAUCACCACACAUCUCUGUAGAAUCACCUACAGAUCAUUCAACAACGGAAGUGCACAAAAUAUCAUCAACUUCUUUAUUUACUUUACCAUUUACUCAACCAAACCCAUUUCCAAAUUCCUCACAAACAACUGGUUCUCCAAAACCUUUAUCAACACAGUCAGUUACAGCAUCACUGCCAGCUCUCUCACAAUCAUCGUCAGGUAAUUUAAAUGAAUCACUAGAAAUAUCAACAAAAUUAUUUACUGUAUCUUCAACCAUGUCUACCAAAUCAUCAAGAGAUCACCAACCAACACCUGAAACUCCAGAAACACAGAGACAAACAGAUACAGUGUUACCAUUUACUCAUUCAAAAUCAGCUACAGCUGAAUCUCUAAAAAUGUUAACACACACGUUUAAGGCAUCGGUUUCUACUCUGCUAGAAACAUCUGUUGAUCAUUUGAUAACUAAUUCACCAGAAAUGCUGGCAACUACCCCACAAUUUUCUACAUAUGAUUUAGCAGCAACUGACUCUUUAGGCACUACUUCAACAAGCUCAGUUAUAACCCCCAAACCUACUUCUGCAGAAUCAUCUCCAAAACUAUCAUCAGUAAAUGAAUCUCAAGACACUUUUCCAAUGCAAACAGUCACAUCAUCACCUCCUACUUUGCCAGAAAUAUCUACAGAUCAUUCAACUGAAUUUCCAGAAAUGUCCACAAAGUCAGGCACCACAUUACAAUCUACUUCCACUAAAUCAUUUACACAACACUCUGAAACUGGAAGAAUCUCAUCAAUACAAACAGAUGGUUUUUCACAACCAGCUAACCAAGAAUUAUUUGCAGAUCCAUCAUCAACUUCUAAAUCUUCAGGAACUUCAUUAAAACCAUUGGUUAUAUCACCAUUUACUUCAUCACAAUUGUCCACGGAUCACUUAUCAACAUUUGAAAUUCCAAAAGCUUCAACACCACAGUCAGCUGCCACAUUACCAUCAAGUUCCCCAGAAUCAUCUAAGACAUCACCAUUAACAACUAUAUCUCCACAAGGCUUACCUAUACUAUCAAAUACACAAUCUUCUUCCCUAAGACCAACAAAAGCUCAAACAUCAGCAUUUGUAUCUCAAGGAAUGUCUUCAUCAUCAGCUGGCACUUCAGAAGCAUUAACAGAAAGAGUAACAUCGUCAAAAGUAACCACCAACAAAACCACCGCUAUCACUUUUCAACCCCAAACAGCUCCACUAUCAACAAAUUUUGCAGCAUCUGCUCAUGCGGUGGUUAGGAUGCGAGGUGUCAAGAAACUAACCAGUGACCAAAUCAUCUUCUAUACAGAGCAGUUUUUUAGGCUACUCCAAGCCAGAGCUGAUGGAACUAUUAAGAUUAGAGUGAAGCAGAUCCAAAAAGUGUCACCGUACUGAUCACCACCUUAAAGUUCAAUAAAUUAUAGAGAAGGAUGACGCAUGGAUUUUAUUAUUCCACAAAUGUACUGCCCCUGUCAGCUAAACACAUGCACCAGUUUUAAAUAAUCAGCUCAAGAUGAGAACUAAAACAUUGAUUGGCUUUUCCUGCAUAGUUUGGCAUGUAUGCAUGUAAAAAUACAAUUCCUCUACAAUUUGUCUGUGUUUUUAAUUUGCAUAUGCGUGGCUAUGUUGCACUUUUCAAUUAAUUAAAACAAUCAUCUAGUUAGCCUAAAAAAUUUUACUGGCUGUGCUAUUAACUAAAGAAUGUCUAGAAUGAUUUUUGGAAUAAAUAUAAUCCCAAUUACCAAAGCCAACAUUCAUUAAGUAAACUGAAAAUCAAGAUUUCAAAGCAGUAACAGAAACGUGACGACAAAAAAAUGUGUUUUGUUUAAAUGCUUCAGUACUUUGAAGAAUUUGUCAUGCAUUGUAUAUGACUAUGCAAUAGUAUCAUAAUCUAAAGGCAAAAAAGUAGGAAAAAAGUAUGUGUUAAUGUUCUUGAAUAUACAUGUACAUUUGUGUGUGUGUAGUUUAUGUGCAUUAUACUAUAAGUCUUGUACAAUUAGACAGAAACAAGCUAUUAUUAAUAUUAUCAAUAUGUCAGUGUAAAAUGUUCUUGUCUUUUUGGUGUCUGUAAUGUUAAACCACAGCUACUAUAUAAAUACAUAUAUGUUCUGCA